GUGUGAUCUAUUUCUAGGGGUUUAUUAUUCCUUUUACAAACAAGAUGGAUACUAAAUGGAUAGAAUGCAAGUGUAAAUCAGGACAGACUCUGUAUUACUACAACAAAGUGACAGGACAACGCAAGUGGCCUUGUUCUUUAAUAGGAGACAAUCAGGCCAUGAUUGGUCAGCCAGUCAUCAACAAAGACUUGUGUACACAGACAGAUAUUGGUUGUCCUUCCAGUUUAGGGCAAAGCACAGAAACUUCAUCUCAACAAAAGCCAUUUGUUUUCCAUGCAGAAGAUGUUAAAGAUGAAGAAGACAGUAGCAUAGAUGGAGAURGAAUUAUUGAUGCAAUGUUGAAAGUUCUUGAGAAAAAAAAUGAUGGAAACGGCACUGAAGCAACAGAUAACUCUGUCAUCAAUAAAGAUAGUGAUGAGAAUAUCAAAAGYGCACUUCAGGAGGGAAAUGACGUUACUAGACAUUUGGUAGAAUUUACAAGUGAGAACAACAGUCAAGCAACAGAUUGCAUACUUCAGGACAGUCAGGAGGAAAAUGGAAAUGACACUGACUCUUUGAUGGAAUUCACAAGUGACAAYARAAGUGAAGCAKGGGAUGUCUCUGUUCUUGWCCAUGGUCAGMAGGAGAAAUGUGCAAAAUGGUCACCUUGCAAAAAGAGAAAAAAUCUUUUCAAAUGCUCUUAUUGCAACAAGAAAUUCAGUACAAAUAGUCAUUUGAUUAUUCAUAUAAGAAUACACACUGGAGAAAAACCUUUUGAAUGUUCUUACUGCAAAAAGAGAUUUACACAAAAAUGUACUUUAAUAUUUCACUUACGAAAACACAGUGGAGAAAAACCUUUUGAAUGUUCUUACUGCAAAAAGAGAUUUACACAAAAAUGUACUUUAAUAUUUCACUUACGAAAACACAGUGGAGAAAAACCUUUUGAAUGUUCUUACUGCAAAAAGAAAUUUUCUAGAAAAGACAAUUUAUGUAUACACUUACGAUUGCACACUAGAGAUAAGCUCUUCAAAUGUUCUUACUGCAAAAAAGAAUUUGCCAUUAACAAUGCUUUAAGACGACACUUAAGAACACACACUCAGGAGAAACCCUUUGAAUGUUCUUACUGCAGAAAGAAGUUUUCACAGAAGGCUAAUUUGAUCCGUCACUUACCAUUGCACACUGGAGAGAAGUCCUUUGAAUGUUCUUACUGCAAAAAGAAGUUUUCACAGAAGGGUAAUUUGACACGUCACUUAAGAGUACACAAUGGCGAGAAGCCUUUCGAGUGUUCAUACUGCAAAAUGAACUUUUCUCACAAGGCUAAUUUGAAGCGUCACUUUAAACGACGACACAAUGGAGAGAAGCCCUUUGAAUGAAAGACGUUUUCACAUAAKGGYAUUUUGACACSUCACUUACAAUCAUUACRCACUAGUGUGAAGCCCUUAAAGUGAAACCAGAAAUUGAUAUGAACGAGUACUUUACGUGGUGUUAAAUAAACGAGCAGGGGUUAGUUAUGAGGUGUAAAGAUUCGGGCCGAAGGCGAAAAUGUUUAUACUCGAUAAACACAAUUUGCGAUUUUAUUGAAUGGCUUCAAAAACUCCAAGAAUAAUUGAAGUAACUCAAAGCUUUAAUUCAUCCCACAUCGAAUGCGCAUGAGGUAAUGUACUAGGUAUUUUUUUUUCUGUAAAUGGUUGAAAUCAUUCUGCAUUGGUCAAUGAUGAGAUUUUAACCUGAGACUUCUGCGAU